UUUUAUUGUAAAUUUCCUUAUCUUUUCUGCUAGGCUCAGGUGACAUCAUUAUAGCCGUCGCACCUUGCUCACCAUUUGCUUACAAGAUACACAAGCCGAUAUAAUUUCUCCAGAUACCAUGCUGAAAGACAGAUAAGGACUCUGGCAUCCCCAUCUUACUUCACUCAGAAAUAGCACACCAAAGUAUUUCUCGCUCAGCACCAUGCCUCUUGAGCUACCCCUUUUCCAGCACGUUCCUGAUGUCCGUGCGUCGUUCGAGGGGUUUUCGUUCGAAUAUGGCGGGCAAGGCGAAUUCGAAUUUGCUACCAACCUAAUACCUGUGGGAAAAGAAACCCCGGAACUAGACCCACCAGUGGUGUCGGAAAGCGAUGUCAGUCUUGAAGCCAGCGUAACCCCAGAUCUUGAUUUGAGCUUGAACCUAUUCGAUCUCGAUGAGCUCGGUUUAGUCCAACAACUCGAUGAAAUUGAUGCCGUUUUGAAUGUGGGAUUGACAGUUGCCCCAAGAAGCAUUCCUCAGCUCCUUAUUGUCCCGCCACUGAAGGAUACUCUCUUUGGUUCUGUCAGGAUGUAUGACCAGGACGCUUCGCACAAACGAAUCUUGGAAGAGAAUGCUCGGCCCCUCAUGAGGGUGGUACACCUGGCCUGCCCCACUUUCCCAGUUACACACAAGAGAAGAAGGGUGAGCGAAAAAUCGGAUCCCUUGGCUCCUUUGUUGGAAGCUCUCACCGAAAAGAGUACCUACAAAGUAUUUCCGCAUCUGGCCAAACCCCACCAAGUUUUACAUUCGUACCAAAAGAAGCUCUACAGCUACAUGGCGGGAAACCUUCUUAGACCACCACCUGUCAUCCAUGAAAAUACAAAAGAGCGGCCAAAUAUGGUGGAUACAUACUCUUGUCCACCAUUGGCGAGUCUCUCGUCGUUGAGAAGACGCUUAGAGCACACUUUUAUUGAUCCUGGUACUGUGGCUCGGCACUUUGUGUUGACCCGGCUCGAAGCGUCUGCGGAGACAUUGUAUGAACCGGCUUACAAGGCAAAUCCGGUUUUGGAGCCCCACAACUCAAAAAUGACCCUCGGCUUGUGCCCGUACUGCCCAAGUCCGUCGUGGUUUUUGAUGUACAAUUCCACGUACGCCCACCACUUGGAGAAUAACCAUGGGAUUUACAAGAGCAACAGCUUUGUCCCUGAUACAUUGUCGCUUGCAAAGUAUAGCUAUGUCAAUACGGGUGGUAAAACUCGGAAGGAGAGCCUUUUCGAGAGAGAUGGGGUGACCUGCCCCCAGUGUAACCAGAUUGUGCUCUUCGACAGCAAGGGUUACACGCUCGGCUCCGGAAAGGGUGAUGUGGAGAAGUACAUCCCUUACUUGAGGCACUACAAGAAGCUCCACAAAACGAAAGGCAAUACCCUUGUGGAGUACAAAGUGCACGAUCUUUAUCGGGACCUUGACGACGCGCUUGGAAAUGGAUAUUACUAUCCUGCUAUUUAGCACUAGACUCUAUCCGCUUCUGCAUUCUUCCUUUGCAGGUUCAGUCGUGGUGUAGCUUUUUCAGGACUACCCUAGUUGCUGCCCUUGGCACCAGUCGAGAUUUAGCUUAAUCGGAC